GUAGCUAUUUAUAGCACUGUGUUUCUACAAGGAAGAUUUUAUUUAGUCUGUCGUCAUAGUUUCGAUUCAUACUGUCUACCUCACAUUAAAAUGUCAUGAAAUAUGGUAGGUGUUGACAUGAAUUUGAACCAGAAUUUUAGGGGAUUUUGGUCUGUUGGGCAUCGUCCGACGUCACAUUUAUGGAGAAAUUGGAAGCAGUGGGAUCAGAAUGAAAUAAUCAGCGUAUUGACCAAAUUGAUGUCUAGAGGUCAAUAAAUGAGUGAAUAAAUCAGUGCCAUUCAUCGAUAUACAUGCGUUAUCUCUAACUGACCCGUUGAUCACCGUUAUGUAACAUUUCGAGACAGCUUUUUGAAAACAUUAACUAGAGCCGGGUGGUUAUUGUGGUGUAAACCUGUUGGUUCUUGUUUCAAAUCAGUGAUGUUUAAUGAAGUGCAAACCAAGCUACUUGACUGUGAAAUAAUAAGGAAAUAUCCUGGUAAUAAUUUAUUUAACGUAUUCUUUAUUUCUGUUUUUUUUUCUAAUGUGCAAACCAGUCUACUGUGAACUAAUGAGGGACAUAGUUGGUAAUAAUUUGUUAAUUGAUCAAUUUUGAUCACAGUUUGAUAAUACAUGUAAUUUGUUAAUUAAUUUCCGGUGUAUUAGUGUAAAACUGUGUUCACCUUGUGUUUUUCACUAAUUUUAAACAUCAAACUGUUUACAUGUUCUGUUCUGGUGUAAAUGUUCGUUAAUUGAAUGUCUUACAAGUCACAAGUAAUUAUGUUCAUGUUUUUAUUUGAUGCAAAGACAAAUAUUUGAUAUGAAUCUUGACCGACCAAAACAAAUGAAUACACAACAGAACAAUUUGUUCAUUUUGUAGAUUAUUCCUAUCAAGUUGUUCCCUUAAUAUUGAAUAUAAGACAUAUUUGAUAUAAGUUUUUACGAAUGAGUGGGGGUUGGGUGGCCGAAUGGUUAACGCGUUUCAUCAUCAGGUCUGUCAUUGAGCCAAGUUGUGGGGUUUCGAUCCUCCGCUUGUACGUUCCAAGGAGUAGGGUUGCCUUUCCAAGCUCGUGGGCUUUCUCCGGAUCCUCUGGUUUCUUCCCACUGCUAAAGACCCAUACGCGCAAGCGAUUUAUUGAAAUAAAAUUGAACCAUGUGUUAGUACCGAAAUGACCUAGUUUGUAUCGAAUUAACGUUAGAGUUAAACUGCAUUUCCCUCUCUCGUUUUUACCCACGACUGAUUGCAAACAACAAAUGGAUACACAACAUAACAAUUUGUUCGUUUUAUAUUCUGUUUCUGUCAAGCUGUUCUGUUACUCUACAUUCUAUAAACUACAAUUGUGUAUAAGUAUUAUAAUAUUAAGACAUAUUUGAUAUGAUUUUUUACCGACGAUUUAUAUCCAACAACAAAUGUGUACGCAACAUAACAAUUUGUUUUUGUUAUAGCCUGUUUCUAUCAAGCUGUUCUGUUAUUCUUCAUUUAAUUGACUACAAAUUGUUCCAUGUGUUUUUAUUAUUAUUCGCCAUUUUAAAUGUGACCCUGUUUGAUUAUAAAUAUAAACAAACUAAUCAUCAUUAUAUUAACUUUAUAAGAUUAUUUCUAGACGUUUAUUGUUGCUAUUCGAUUAUUAAUAGAAGAAUGCUGGGGUUAGCUAUUCUGUUCCUUGCUUUAAUUAUUUUUUUAAAACUAGGUUCUGGAUGGUAUACAAGGUUUCGGUAUAAAUAUGCAGGGAAAAUAUAUUAUUUGCAAUGGUACAUUCAGCAAUCACUUGCGCUUUUAAUUAGAAGAUAUGGUAUUUUACGAGUCUUACUUAAACUGUGUACUCUAAUAAAUAGUUAUUUGAAUAAAAAGAGCUAUAUUCACGAUGUUUAUUAUAAUUGGUUUAAAUGUAAGUAUAAGUAUUUUAGAUGGGAAAAUUUAGUUAAGAAUUUGUUAUCUCAGAUGAUCAGUAUAACAAUAAUCCUGACCAUUUUGUAUUUAAUGAUAAGGAAUUCAACUUUUGUACAUAAUUUAGAGAAUAAUAUAAUCUAUAUAGAUACAUCAAAUCGAUUAAAAACUAAUCAUUCGGUAUUUAUGAGGUAUGUUGGAGAAGAUGUGAAAUUUGAAUGCAAAAUGGAAGUAGACAAAUCAUGUCAAUCAAAUGUAGUAUGGUUUCGAAAUGGUGGCAGUAUAAUUUCUGAUUCUAGACAUGUCAUAUCUUAUAAUUCUAGUAAUAUUGUUAAUAUCACAACAUUACAUAUAUAUAAAACGAUUUUAUUUUCCACAUUACAUGUAUAUAACAUCCAAGAUGUGGAUUAUGGUGUGUAUACGUGUAGAUUUUAUCAUUGUUUUCAACAAAAAGCAAUAAUUACGUAUUGGAACGAACACAAUGAUAACGAAGACUGGUGUUUGCGUGAUACGAAAGAGACAUUCCAUCUGGGUGAGAAACAAUUUGAAAAAAAAAGCGUUACAAUUAUUCCAGGCGGGGUUCUCAUUCUAGAAACUGAGUAUCACGUGAUGACUGAUGCGCGUAACGUCAAGAUUAUUGUAACCAGAAAUGACCUCAAUGUUUCUGCAUCUAUUAUGCCAACGUGUUCUUUGUUCAUAUAUAACUUUUUAAGGGUGAAAUUCCCAAAUAAGGCUAGAAAUAACUAUUCUUCACAUUUAAAUUACAUCGAGAAAUUGGACGGAGAGUCGACCACCUUUUUAUUACAAUUUCAAUCAUGUAUUGACGCUUAUUCGUAUGGUUCGUACGCAUUUGUUAUAAAAAGGAAUUUUAAUGGCCUUUGGACUGAGCAUUCAGUACCAGUUGAUGUAAUACCACAGAUUCCGAAGGUUUUUAGCAACGGUUUUUACAAUAUUUCUAACCACAAACCGAUCUCAUCACAUUCUCAACAAUGCUGGACGAAGAAAACACACGACAUAGAAAUACCCUGUGAGCAAUAUGUUGAUUUGUUUCUCUCAACGGCCAGGGUUUUUUUCUUAGCAGAAUACGUUGUAUUGUUAUUAAUAAGUUUAAUUACAAUAACUUGUAUUUAUUUUAUUAAUCUUCUCAACAAAAUGGUGGUCUUUAAACUGUUUAGAAGAUUGCUAUCGCAACGAUCUAAAUUUGUAGAAUUCGACGGUAAACAUAUUUCUAACGAAUACGAUGUUUAUAUUUCGUAUGCACCCCCUCAGCCUAGUCAGCCCGGUGAGUUAAAUAUGUCCGAUCAAAAUAUGGCUCUGUCGGUGGAAAAAAUUCUCAAAGAAUUAAAGCUGCGGGUUGUUUCUGAAAAACACAUUUCACCGGAGAAAUACUCCUCCGUGGAAAUCCUCAAAUACAUUCGCCGUAGUUAUGCAUUUGUAAUACUCGCAAGUCAUCGAUAUAUCGAAAAUUCGGAAAAAUAUGUGAGCGAAAUAUCACGUAUACUUAGUAGAACAGGAGAUAAAAACCGGUCUCGAAUUUUAAUAUUAACCGUAGGUGAUUUACAAAAUAACCAGUUACACACCGAUGUUGUAACAGGAUAUAGAAUCUGUCCGUGGACUACAGAAAUUGAAGAAAAGAGUCAUAUCGUUAAAAAUUGGGUUCAAACUGUAUUUCAUCAACCCGAUUACUCCCUGUUGCCUCUAUUAAUGCUUUAUGUUUUACUUAUCUAUUUGUUUAAUAUUUUAUAUUUUAGAUAUCUAUGCGUUUAAUAUUUUAUAUUUUGUGAAUGUAUUGGUUAAAUAUUUUCUGUAUUAGGCAUCUGUUCGUCUAAUAUUUUAUAUACAAGUCAUCUAAUGUUUUAAGUAUCUAUUUGUUUCUUGUUUUAGGUAUCUUAUGUGUUUCAUGUUUUUGUCAAUUCGUUUUAAAACCAAAUUCCAUGUGUUUUAUGUCUAUUAUAUGUAAAUUAAACAUGCAUUAUGCAAGAGCUAAAUCUGCCUAUUGCAGGUCUUUCUUUCGGUCUGAAAUGUUUUCUAAAGUAUUAAUUAGACAUUAAUUAACUGAUCCAGGCCUUAAUCAACUCUCGAUGGCAUCAGAUUUCUCCGAUAUUAAAUAGAUUAGAAUGGUUCAACGAUACUUUGAUUUAAUCAAAUAUGGAGGACCGAGACUUAGCUUCGAUCAACCAGUACGGUGGUUGAAAUUAUUGCACACGUCUGUCAAACCUUCAAAGGCUAAUAUCUUCGCUUGCAAUAGAGUAAUUUGAAUGACAUUUUCAAAUUAUUCAUUUUACAUCAUCUACUUUCAAUCUAUUAUAGCAAGAAUGGCUAGCUCUUUAUCUAAAUCUUAAAGAAUGUAUCUUUAAUUAUUGAUUAUGUUUGCUUGUAAGUAUCUAUUAUGUAAAUAAAUACAAUCGUUAUCAGAUCAUAUGAUGCAGGUAAAUAAAUAAAAUCGUUUCU